ACAGUAUUCAAUCAGUUUGACGAUUCGAAUUAUCUUAACAUGGCGCAGGUUCCAGUUGAAAAGAAUUUUCUCGGAUUUUUCAUUAUUUUGCAGGUUAUUUUGGGCUAUCAUACAGCUUCAAGUGCAGAUUGCCAAGGAUUAAGCUCAGAAGUAACAUGUACGUGUGAUGAUUUUGGUCACUGUGAGAGAGGAACAAUACAAGUAGACCCAUGGCUGCAAAAUACACUCAGGACACAGAUGGAUGUACAGCUCGAUGUACCGUUCAACCAUGCCCAGUUAUUAGACGCACAUAAUGCUUAUAAUACCAGACCGUAUGGAUUUUUAUACGGGGCAAACGAUACAUGUUUGUGGCCGCCCCCAUACGACCCAAGUCUUUGCAUCGGGAUUGCUAACCAGGAGUUCAGUUUGACGGACCUUCUCAACAUGGGAAUCAGGGGGAUUGAACUCGAUAACUGGUUUUGCGAAGAUGAGAUGCGUAUAGCUCAUCUUGGGACCGACAUUGCUACGUUAUGUAACAGACGUCACGUGGUAUUUUCUGAACCCGUUGCCGAGAUUGGGGCGUGGCUAGACGAUCACGAAGGAGAAUUCAUCAGAAUCUACAUGAAUGAAAAGUUUGACCAGGGUAAUGAUGCAGAAGUAAACGGGCCCUUCGAACGUUACCUUGGUGAUCGAGUAUUAACACCGGCCAACCUAAAAAACGACUACAACAACGAGUGGCCCACACUAAGGACCAUGCGAGAAGAUGGUAAGAGUGUAGUGAUUGCCCAUAUUGCCACGGCGGGAACUGGUGAUUAUUACCUUCACCAAGGAAAGUUUAUCCAUCCCGGUUUCUGGAAGGAUAAAAAACGAAAUGAGUUCUCUAAUUAUCCACAAUGUGGAGGUAAGAACGCAACGAAUGCUCUUCGUUUCUACAGUGACAGUACUCAUUAUUUAUUCGAUAACGAAUACAUUGAUGGUCCGACACGCGUCGGGAUCAUCGAUGACUUUAGUGAGUUUAUUAAGUGUGGGAUCCAGUUUCCCGCCGGUGAUCAGGUCCAUCCUCAGCUGAUGGAGACGGCAGCCUAUACAUGGGCUAAAGGAGAACCGGCGACGCCGAUCACCGAUUCGUCGUCGUGUAUCAUGCUCAGUGGCACUGAUAGUCGUUGGUACAAACCGACAGACUGCAAUCAAGAACUCUACUACGCAUGUCAGAAUGUCAUUGAUACAGAAGACUGGACAUUGAGUGUAUCCGUCGGGAGUUAUGACGUAAACACACAAGCAUGCCCAAAUGGAUACAGAUUCGCGUUACCUCAAAAUGGAUUCCAACAUCAAAAGAUGUUGGAAGCUAUUGAUGGUGCUGACGUUUGGCUCAACGUUGCUCCUCUUCUCAAUGACUACCAGCCACCGUUACUGCCUACCAUAGCACCAACGGAGGGUGGAGCUCAGGCAGUCACUGCCGUCAUAUCCGUGUUCGUCCUCGCUGCAGCCUCUGCCCUUUUCAUUCUAUAGAAUCCAGUCGUGAUUACUCGAGGGUGUUGAGAUUUUUUUUUACAUGGACAUCUGUUGGUUUCAAUAUUCAGUAAUUUUGUCAAUUGCUGUCAUUUUUUUUGGUUUUAUUGAGGGAGAAGAGAAGAGCUACCAAUAUUCGGGGGGGGGGGGGCGGCGCCACAUGGUAGGGGCAAGAACCUGGCCGUGGAUGAUUAUCCAUUGUUACCAGGGGUGCUGUAACAAUGCUCAGCACCCCAGGUGACAAUAUAAUAAUCAUCCAUUUCCAGGCCCCUGAGUUGGGCAACUGCCCCUAUGGGAGAGGGAAAAGGAAUGUAAAAAGUGAAGAAUUGGUUGUAUACCAUUCCAUACUACCCGUAUAAUAAUUCAUGUGAGAAAAAUGACGUCAUUCUUUCAGAAUUGGUUUCCUAUGUCACUGGUUGAAUAAUUUGUAUUGGCAAUUUUUAAGUAUGGUUGAAGUAUUUAUCAGUUUAUCAUUCCUAUAUAUCUUUUAACAAAGCAGAGAAACAGGCCGGCAUUACACGACUUGUACUCUAAUUCUAUGAGUGUCUGAAAACAAGUAUUCAACCUCUUUGAAGAUAUCGUGAAGCCUUAAAUUGUAUUUUUUUUAAGGAAAAGGCACAUUCCAUAUACACUCUUAUUUCUGCAGUCAAAUUUGACUUGGACUACAGCCAGCUGAGUCAAUUCUAUACCGAAUCAAAAUGACUUAGAUUCCGAAUUUGACUCGGUAUAAUGUAGCAUCAGCUGAAAAAUUACUCAACUCAAAGUCACAGUAACUCGGAAAUGAGGAAGCAAGUCACUUGGACUUGAAUAGAGUCGAAUCCCAGCUAGCACAAUAUCCGAGUUAAAUUUGACUCCAACUAUACACUGUACAUGUAUAAGAUUAAGAACAUUUAAUAAAAGUGAUCAAUGAGAGACAUCCA